UUUAUCAAUUUCUGACAAUAGUUGUUCUGCUAGCGGGAGCAGACGCACCGCCGCGAGGCCCGCGAGCAAGCGCUCCGCCGAGCUCCCGAGCCGCCACGCCGCGCGCAGCACCGCGACGCCCCCGCCGCGAAGCAGUGCGCAGAGCGAGAGCACAGCCCCCCAGCGCCGCCCUAGUGGACGCGCGGACAUGACGGGCCGCUGCCCGGGCGGGGCCCUGACCCUCAGCAGCCCGCCGCACCGAGACCUGCCAGCAUGACGGCGCCGUGACUGUGCUGCUUGUGUGUCUGUGUUGUGUCGUGUGUGUGCGUGAUUGUGUGCGUGUGUGUGUGCCGGCCCGUCAGCAAGUUGUAAACAAAUCGGAUAUAGCAGACGACGAGCAAGCGGACGACAGCGACAGCGCGCAGCCCCGGCGCAGCCAUGCCCCGGCCGCGGGCCUCGGGCCGUGCAGGAGGCCGCCGGCCUCGGGCGAGGCCGUCCAGGAGCUCGCCCAAGUGAAUAGGCCGAGGCCACCGUCGAGGAGGCCGCCCGCACCGCCGCCAUGUACAGCCCGGACAAGAUGAUGAACGGCAAGGGCCACGGCCCGUUGCACCCGACCUCCAUCGCCCCCACCCCGUGUUUCCCCGGCAGGUACUCGCCGACUUACCGCGGCCAGGACCCCAUGAGGAGAUGCGUGGCCAACCCCUCGUUGUCGGAAGUGACUGACCUGAAACCAUCCCUUGUUGCAUGUCCGCGGGACGAUCAGAAGGGCUCCGAGUACCUGCCAUCUGUUCACGAAGACUACAAGAGUCGAAUUCUAGAAGAUUCAAUAAUGUGUAAUUCAUGGUCACCGAGGCAUAAUGGCGACCUCUUCUCCGGCCUCAACGACGGGCUGCUGUCGCGAGCCGAGGCGCUGGACAUCAGCAAGCACCAGGGGCAGCCAAUCAAGCACGACAUGAUGUACCACCACGCCAUGCCGCCCCACAACCCGAGGACGCACCAGAUGGGGCCGCACGGCAUGGAGGGCCUGGACCGCGGCCUGGACAUGCUGGAAGGCGCCGGCAUGACCACGCUCACGCCCAUCUCGGACAACUCGCACCACCAGCUGCACCCGCCGCCCAUGUACAACCCCAUGAACUCGAUGAUGGGCGGCCACCACCACCACCACCACCACGGCGGGCCCCUGGCGGGCCACGCCACCCACCACCCCCACCACCCCCACCACCACCCGCACCCGUCGGCGCACCACCCCGCCAUGGCGGCGGCCGCGGCCGCGGCGGCGGGGCUGCACCCGGACUCGGACACGGACCCGCGCGAGCUGGAGGCGUUCGCCGAGCGCUUCAAGCAGCGGCGCAUCAAGCUGGGCGUGACGCAGGCUGACGUGGGCAAGGCGCUCGCCGCCCUCAAGCUGCCCGGCGUCGGCGCCCUGUCCCAGUCCACCAUCUGCCGCUUCGAGUCGCUCACCCUGUCCCACAACAACAUGAUCGCGCUCAAGCCGAUCCUCCAGGCGUGGCUAGAGGAGGCGGAGGCGCAGGCCAGGAGCAAGCGUCAGGACCCGGACGCGCCCAGCGUGCUGCCCGCCGGGGAGAAGAAGCGCAAGCGAACCUCGAUCGCGGCCCCGGAGAAGCGCUCGCUAGAGGCGUACUUUAACGUACAGCCCAGGCCCUCCGGGGAGAAGAUCGCGGCCAUCGCCGAAAAGCUGGACCUCAAAAAGAAUGUGGUCCGUGUCUGGUUCUGCAACCAGCGACAGAAACAGAAGCGCAUGAAGUUCGCGGCCCAGCACUGACAGGGGGCCGGGGGGCCUGGCGGAGGCGCGCCCACGCCCAUGCCCCCCGGGCACUGCAUGCAGUGACCGCCGCCCCCCUCUCCCCUCACCCUUCCCCUUUAGAAGCUGCCAAGGACCGCGCCCCUAACGUGAGAGAAUAAGUAAUGAAACAAAAACAUUACUCCGCGUCGAUACAAAGCAAUUUUCUGCUGGUUUGCUUAUUUCACUAAAUUAAAUCUCUCCCGUUUCUUUCUGCACUCUAGAUAAAGCAAUUUAAUUUUUAAAGAUUAAUACAACUUUUUCACCCAGAAAUUGUUUUGGCCUUUGUUGCCAAACGUAUUUGAAAUUCGCCACUUUAUCAAAAGUGAAUAAAAAGUGCCACUUCGUAAAUAAUUUUCAUUAGAGACCUAAACGCGACGCAUCACCACACUCGGGCGCCGCUCCCCUGCGAGGCCCGCGCGACAGUUCCCCCCUCCCCCGCCCGUCCCCGCGCGCUUUCAUCUGUCGCUGGAUGCAGGUCCCUGAAGGCACCCAGCCAGGGCUGGCGAUGGUCCGCCGAUCUGUGGCUUCUCAGCAGCCGGCUGCCAGCGCUGGGGCGACCGUCCGGCCCCGCCGCAUGCUCUUGACCUGCCCCCGGCUCCCACGGACCGACUGCAAGUGUGCCAAUAAUGUAACGAAAAUGAAUUCGCGCAGGUCUCGGCUGUAGACGGGCCAAGCGCCCGGUGAUUACGGAGACUGUCUUUUUUGUUUAGGAGAGGAUUCAAGUAAAAAGUGCCAAUAUGUUAUACAGGGAAUCGGUUUAGCAUGUCGGUUGUUUUUGUUUUCCUUGCCGUUUUAAAGGGAGAAUAUUUGACAUUGUGUCGCAACGCGUUAGUAAAUGGAGCUCAUUUGAAACAGAUGUACCAAAAGUUUUAUUUUGUGCCAUUACCAUGCGGUCAUGGUGUAGCCAUGGCGCGGAGUGAUGGAAUGAAGUGUGCCAACGACGUUCUUUCAUGUCAGUUCGACCUGACCAUCGUCCGAAGGACGAGCUCCUUGCGGCAACUAUGGGGGAUGAAACGUACAUAUCAAGUCUGGAAUAGGGCUGGGCGGUUUUUCAAUAUAUUGACCUCAAUAUCAAUAUUUUUAAAUAUUGAAACCAAUAUUUUAACAUAUUGAAGUUUUCAAUAUUCCAAAAUCAAUAUUCAAUAUUUAAAUAUUGAACCCAAAAGCCAAUAUUGAAAUAUUGAGUCAGAUUCCCAGCUCUAAAAUACUCAAUUAUCGCGUGAUGUUGUCCCUUUUUGUUGUAUAUCGUAUGAAAUUACCUCUUUUAUAAACCCUGAGGUGUAAGAGAAGACGAUUCCUGUCGCUGACAAGGCCAGAGAACAAACAUACCAAAUCGGAAAAUUCUAAGUCUUCAAUAUUUUCAAUAUUUUUACGUUUCAAUAUUUCAAUAUUUUCAAUAUUUCAAUAUUCAAUACAGGAUAUUGAUAUUGAAGAUAUUUCAAUAUUUUAAAAUAUUGGGUAUUGAUAUUGAAAUGAAAAAACCGCCCAGCCCUAGUCUGGAACGGUGAAAAAGUGUGUGCGGGAAAAGACUCGGAACCAUGUUCAGGCGACACAGAGGACCUGAGUGCCAUUUUUCCACGCCGUGAAUUUUUUCCCCGGAUCAGUGACAAAUUUUGUACUCAACUCGUUUUAGGAAAAGCAAUAUUCCUUGUACCUAGUGAUAUCUUUAGUCAUGUGAUUUUAAUUUUAACUCUAGUCAUGAGCUGAAUAAGAUGAUUUGUGAAGCGUUAGAGCGCAUCACAGGUAUAUUAAACACGUGAGCCUAUGUGAGAGUGUGUUUGAGGGAGUGGACGUUAAGUGUGAAAGUGGCAUGAGCUGUGCAUGUACUGUGAGAAACAUUUUGUUUACCCAGUGAAUUCGAAUACUUUCUUGACCUGUACUCGUAAGAUUGGAUUCAAUAUUCGCGUUGUACUCUUAAUUUACCAAAAAAGGGCCAGUUGUUUAACGACCAAAACUUUCUCAAAAUAUUAUUGAAACCUGCUGGGUUAUUUGUUUCCAGCAAUCCAUGCACAGAUUGCGUGUUACAUUGUUCUUGGGAGUCAAAUACGUUGAGAGCCGUUUCUUGGAUUGUUCUCAACUCAGUGCAAUAAGUUGUCUAGUAGUUUAAGAAAAAGCUUAUUUUGAUCAAUGACGGGGAUUUUUUUCCUGUUUCUGUGUUUUGUAUAUAACUUUGUGAGGAUUGAACAAAACUGUGUUGUUACUCAAGUCCUGCAAAUUUUUGAAAGCCAAAGAAUUCAUAUUAUUUAUUCAGUGUUUCGGUUACUGGUGUAAUUGUAUAGAUUUAAGAUAUUGUGACCUGUACAUUUUUUUUUUCAAUUUACCAAUGUUUUAUUUUGUAGCGUUGGAUGGCAGAAAUGCUACGAUAAGGUGGUAGUCUGAUUAUAAAUGAUAUUGAAUCAAUCUACCUUAAAUAAAUUUAUUGUGUUUUGUUGCUCUUGUCUGCACAUCCUGUAUUUUACUUUUUGCUGCGUUGUGAUUCGACAAGGUAAAUAUUAAUUUUCAUUUCUUAAAAAGGAUAAAAUUGAUCUAGUCAUUCUCGGACCAGGCUCUACUAAUUUUGACUAAUUUUUUUCACUAACUGGCAAAUAUGUUGGCUAUUCUUACAAUUAUCUCAUCAGAAAGAAAAAUAUGGGAAGCAUGCAGACUCGUUUUCGUUACCACGUCACUUAAUUUAAAGUCAGAGGGCUAAAAGUAAAUAUGUUGCGCCUCUGACAACGGUGAAUUUGUUGUUGUUUGUAUUUUGUACUGGCGAUAGCAGUAAACUAUAGCUUGUUAGGUGUUAUGCCAACUCUUGUCGAGUCGGCGUGCACAUCUAGUACUCCACCUCCAUUGCCCGAAAUAAAAAGCAAAGCUAAAAUUA